AUGGCUUUCACUUGCGGUACAUGCUGGCAGACGUGGCCGACUUGUAGGUCUCGCGAUCAGCAUGUAGCCGCGAAAUUCCAUGAGGUUCCCGACUUCGAAUGCGACAGUUGCGACCGCUAUUUCCAAAGUCAACAAGCUGUCGAACAGCAUAUGAACGCUCGUGACCACUGGGCUGAUUCAGCCUCUGACGAACCGAAUCACUACUGCGACUACGACUCCUGCUCCGAGGUUUUCCAUGAUGAGGAAGACCUGAGAAACCACGAGAUCGAGAAACAUUUCUAUUGCGACCCAUGCGACCGAGAAUUUCAAGAUUUAAACAGCAUUAAGAUGCAUCGCAAUAGCAAGCAGCAUCGAGGUACAAACAUAUCUUGCCCUUUCUGUCACGGUCCAUACGUGACUACAGGCGGCGUUUUCCAUCAUCUUGAACAGGGUGGAUGUUCAAAAGCUCCCUUGGACCGGAUCAAGGUCUACGAAGCAGUCAAAGGCAAGGACCCAAAUGGUGUGUUGACCGAGCGGUUGCUUAAUUGGUCUGGUUCGAGCAGUUUUGAGGCGACUCACAAGUCCUACAAUGCCCGCGCUCAGGCUUUUGAGUGUUUCCUCUGCGGGAGUCACUUCGAACGCCUCGACUCACUCAACCAGCAUCUUAAUUCCCCUAAGCACCAGCACCAGCAGGAUCUUUACCACUGCCCGAACAGAAGUUGCGGCAAGAAGUUCAGAACCUUGGCUGCCGUUGGUAAUCAUUUAGAGAGUGAAAGCUGCAACUUCAUGCGCUUCGAGGAUGUUCAGGAGACGGCUAAACGGAUUUUCGACCCUGGCCACAUGAUCGCGUUUUAA